GAAGAGCAGUAGGGGCCUCCUGGGGCAGAUGAGAUCUCUGCGGAGAGGGGGACCGCCAGACCCCAGGUGCAGCUUUAUUUGGUGCGACAAAGGGGGCGUCAAGGGAAGAUGACGCCUCGGGGACGAAACGGAGGCGCCUGGGUGCAGAGGCACCCCCACGGGUGUUUUCGAGGACCUGCUUUUGCUUUUCUACAGGAUGUUGGGAUUUUUGAAGCACCCCGUCGUGGUGACGGCUGACAUCAACUUGAACGUUGUGGCUCUGACUGCAAUGGGGUUACUGAGCCGCCUGUGGCAGCUCUCCUAUCCAAGGGCUGUGGUUUUCGAUGAAGUGUAUUAUGGGCAGUACAUCUCUUUUUACAUGAAGCGGAUCUUCUUUUUGGAUGGCAGUGGACCACCAUUUGGCCACAUGCUGCUGGCACUGGGAGGUUAUUUAGGAGGAUUCGAUGGUAACUUCUUGUGGAACAGAAUCGGAGCAGAAUACAGCAGCAACGUGCCCGUGUGGUCUCUGCGCCUGCUGCCCGCCCUCACGGGGGCCCUGUCGGUCCCCAUGGCCUACCAGAUCCUGUCGGAGCUUGGUUUCUCUCACUGUGCUGCCAUGGGGGCCGCCCUGCUGAUGCUCAUCGAGAACGCUCUCAUCACUCAGUCAAGGCUAAUGCUUUUGGAGUCCGUGUUAAUAUUCUUUAAUCUCUUGGCUGUGCUGUCCUACCUGAAGUUCUCCAACUCCCAAAAGCAGAGGCCCUUCUCUCCGAGCUGGUGGUUUUGGCUGAUGCUGACCGGAGUGGCCUGCUCCUGUGCCGUGGGCGUCAAAUACGUGGGUGUUUUCACGUACCUGCUCGUGCUCGCUGUCGCUGGCGUCCACGCCUGGCACCUGAUAGGAGACCGGAGUCUGUCAAACGUCUCUGUGCUCUGUCACCUGCUGGCCCGCACGGCAGCUCUGUUGGUCGUCCCGGCCGCCAUGUACCUGCUGUUCUUUUACGUCCACCUGAGUCUGGUCUACCGCUCUGGGCCCCACGAUCAAAUCAUGUCCAGUGCCUUCCAGGCCAGCUUGGAGGGAGGGCUGGCUCGGAUCACGCAGGGCCAGCCCCUGGAGGUGGCCUACGGUUCCCAGGUCACUCUGAAGAACGUUUUUGGCAAACCCGUGCCCUGCUGGCUUCAUUCCCACCAGAGCACCUACCCCAUGAUAUACGAGAACGGCCGAGGCAGCUCGCACCAGCAGCAGGUGACCUGUUACCCCUUCAAAGACGUCAACAACUGGUGGAUCGUAAAGGACCCUGGGAGGCACCAGCUGGUGGUGAGCAACCCUCCGAGGCCCGUGCGGCAUGGAGACGUGGUGCAGCUGGUGCACGGCAUGACCACGCGCUUCCUCAACACGCACGACGUCGCGGCGCCCAUGAGCCCCCACUCGCAGGAGGUAUCCUGCUACGUCGACUACAACAUCUCCAUGCCUUCUCAGAACCUCUGGAGACUGGACAUCGUAAACAGAGACUCCGACGCGGGGGUUUGGAAGACCAUCUUGUCCGAGGUCCGCCUGGUGCACGUGAACACCUCCGCGGUCCUGAAGCUGAGCGGGGCACACCUCCCGGACUGGGGGUUCCGGCAGCUGGAGGUCGUCGGGGAGAAGCUGUCGCGGGGCUACCACGAGAGCACCGUGUGGAACGUGGAGGAGCACCGCUACGGCAAAAGCCAGGAGCAGAAGGAGAGAGAAGUGGAAUUGCACUCGCCCACGCAGAUGGACGUUCACAGGAACCUGAGCUUCCUGGCCAGGUUCCUGGAGCUGCAGUGGAGAAUGCUGACGGCCAAGAGCGACGGCUCGGAGCACAAGUACAGCUCGUCGCCACUGGACUGGGUCACGCUGGACACCAGCAUCGCUUACUGGCUGCAUCCCAGGACCAGCGCUCAGAUCCACCUGCUUGGGAACGUCGUGAUCUGGGCUUCGGCCAGCCUCGCCACUGUGGUCUACACUCUGCUCUUCUUCUGGUACCUGCUUAGACGCCGAAGAAAGAUCUGUGACCUCCCUGAGGAUUCCUGGCUGCGCUGGGUGCUGGCGGGGGCUCUGUGUGCCGGCGGCUGGGCGGUGAACUACGUCCCCUUCUUCCUGAUGGAGAAGACGCUCUUCCUGUACCACUACCUGCCGGCGCUCACCUUCCAGAUCCUUCUGCUCCCCGUGGUCUUGCAGCACAUCAGCGACCACCUGUGCAGGACCCAGCUCCUGAGGAGCCUCUUCAGCGCCCUGCUUGUGGCGUGGUACUCCUGUGCCUGUCACGUGUUCAACACGCUGCGCCCGCUCACCUACGGGGACAAGUCACUCUCCCCCAGUGAACUGAAGGCCCUCCGCUGGAAGGACAGCUGGGACAUUUUGAUUCGCAAAUACUAGCGGGACACAAACACGGUGAAGGUCUGGGCCGGGGCCGGGGCGAGGCAGAACUUUUAUGGGGGUGUUCUUGUGACAGGGUAGCCCUAAACCUGGCCGGCUGGCCGGGCUACUGCGGUUUCAUUUUUCAAACAGUCCCUGGAUAAGCAAAGUUUUGAGCAACAAAGUUUCUUUGUUCUAGGCGUUAAAGAACGCGGCCUUCCGGGUCCACUAAUGCCCAAGAACCUCCCGAACCAGGCUAGAGUGGGACUCACGUUGGAGGAGAAACAGGAAGGGAGCGAGGGUCGCGCCAGCCAAGGCCCCGGUCGCUCUCCCGGGUGCCCGCUGGACCUGCCCCCGGUGAGGUCUUGAGGACGCGCUCCGAACACGGUGGUGUCACACAAGCCACCUAGUGAUAAGCCUUUGAAGAAGCAGAGGUGGGAUUCUGGCCACUGCAGUGAGGACCCUCACUGCCACCGACUCUCAGCCCCCCGCCCCUGCGGGGUUCGGCUGAGGUGCGUGGGCGAGCGGCACCUGCAGCACGUGAUGUGUAUUCCAGCCCCGCGGAUCCACGUCCUGAACCUGCCUUCCGUGUAGAAUUAAAAGAGGGACAAAUUGGUAUUGGUAA